AUGAACAUCCCAAUUCCUCGAGAUGUCAAGAUUACAACAGAAAAAUAUAACGGCAAGGGGGACCCUCAAGAGCAUCUGGAACAAUUCCAGACAAAAAUGAUGGCACAAGAUGUGGCAUAUCCAAUAGCAUGUAGACUAUUUCCCACAACCUUAAAAGAGACAGCCCUUAGGUGGUACUCCGCACUACCACCUAAUUCAAUACAAAGUUGGGAAGAUUUAACCAACCAGUUUCUUGUGCGAUUUGCAACGAGCAAAGCACAAUACAAAUCCACGCACGUGCUGAAAACGGUUCGACAGGAAUCAAAUGAAACUUUGCGCGAUUACCUAAACAGAUUCUUCGAUGAAGCACUUUUGGUCAGAGAUUUGGAUCCACAAGUCUCACUACACAUCAUUACUGAAGGACUGGUUGAAGGCCCUUUCUCUAUGUCGCUAGCCAAACAGCGACCGCGCACCAUAGAGGAACUACGUGCACGAUCAGAAAAAUUCAUCAACCUGGAAGAUUACAAGCGCUCAAGAGAAAUUUCUAACACCAGGGCCAACACGAACAACUUUGAAAGAGAUGUCCAGAAGAAUUUUCAACGAAAAUUUCGUGAAAAAAGAAAGUGGGGAAAAUAUAACAGUUACGCACCUUUAAACACAUCCCAAAGACAGAUUUUAAAGGAAGUAUUCCAAACAGGGUAUGUACGGGUUAACAGACCUCCUCCAAUGCCAAAAGGAGUUCAGCGCGAUGAAACCAAAUUUUGCGAAUUUCACAACGACAAAGUUCAUACAACUGACGAAUGUCUCGCGCUCAAAAAUACCAUUGAGACACUCAUUAGAGAAGGAAAACUUCAAGAAUUCGUUUCCAGCGGCAGGGAGUACAAGACGCAAAGAAGGCGCGAUAGAAGCCUAGAUCACGAUGCAAAUUCCAGUGAACAAAGGGCACGACCCAGGAGAAACUAUAACUCGGCCCGGGACAACGAUCGAAGAAAUGACAGAGCAACGUCAACUGAUAGACGUCAAGGAACUCCACCGCGAAACAGACAGUGA